AUGGCAGCCGUAACUAGAAGGUAAGCCGCUUGUUCUUUGCUUUCUCCUGUUUUCCUCAUCUCUCCUUUAAUCAAACCCCAGUCUAUUUAUCCCCUAUUCCCCAAUGUAAUCAGCCCCCCGGGAAAUCGCCUCCCAUUCCGGGUGAUAAUAAGGGAUGUUUUAUUCCAUGUGAUUGACUCAUCCAUUUCUCUCCCAAUGUUCCUUCCUCUCUCCAUCUCUCUCCCUCCAAAUCUCUACCUUUCUUUCUAUCUCAAUCCUUCUGUCUUUAUUUCUGUCUCUCCCUCCAAAUCACUCUCCCUAUAAGUCUCACCCUCUCUCUGUCUCUCUCUCUCCCUCCCUAUUUCCCUGUUUCUCUAUCUCCCGGUCUAUUUCCCAGUCUCUCUCUCUCCCCUCUUCCUCUGUCUCCCUUAAUUUAUUUCCCUUUGAUUCAAUCUCAUGUAUAUCUCUCCCGUUGUCUCUCUCUCUUUCUCUGUGUCUCUUCGAGUUUCCCUUUGUGUGUCACGCUGUCUGUCUCUUUAUAUCUGUCUUUCCUUUUAUUCAUGUAACUCUUUCUCUUUCCCAAUAUUUUAAUCACUCUCUCUGUCUCUCCCCACUCUUUACUCUUUCUCACCCAUUACCUUCUCUUUCUCUCUCUCUGUCUCUCUACCCAUAUCUCUAUCUCUUUGCAUGUGUCUCUCUUAUACUUGCUGACUCUCUCUGUGAUUCCUCAUUCACCCAAUUCUUUGUAUAAUUAAUUACAAUCCUUUCAUCCUAAACCUUUUCAUCUCACCAUCAACCCAGAUCUCUUCAUCUCCCUCGCUUCUCCCCACUCCUUGCAUCACUCACUCUUUUCAUCACUCACACUCCAUGUGUCAUUCACACUUCUCUAUCACUCACAUUCCCUGCAUCACUCAAACUCCAUGUAUUAAUUCCCACUCCACGAAUCAAUCCCACUUCAUGUAUCACUCACACUCAAUAUAUCACUCACACUCAAUAUAUCAUUCACACUCCUUGGAUCAUUCACACUCCUCUAUAACUCACUCUCCCUGCAUUACUCACACUCCAUGUAUCACUCACACUCCAUGUAUUACUCACACUCCUUGGAUCAUUCACACUCUUUCUGUCACUCACACUCCCACAAUAAUUCACACCCCCUCUGUCACUCACACACUCUGUAUAAUAUACAUCCUCUCUAUCAUUCACACUCCUUUUAGCUCUCACAUGCCUAUAUCACUUACAUUACCUGUUUUAUUUACAGUUCUGGUGUCAUUCACACCCCCUCUAUCAUUCACACUUUCUUUAUCAUUCAUCUUCCCCUCAAUCACCCUUUUUGUUUCAUUCACACUCCCUGCAUCAUUCCUACUCUUUGAUUCAUUCACAUUCCCUCUAUCACUCAUACUCUGUUUAUCAUUCAUAGGUUAGGUAUUACUCACACUCCCUCUAUCAUCCACACUCCUGGAAUCAUUCACUCUGUGCAGCUACCACCGCUACAUCACUCACAGUCCUUGUUUUAUUUACAGUCCGUGUAUCAUUCACACUCUCUUUAUCAUUCUCCUUUCCUGCAUCAUUCACACUCCCGGCAUCAUUCACACUCUGUGCAGCUCUUUACGCACUCUCUGCACCUCUCACAAUAUGGUAUCACUGCCCAAAUAUCCCACACUCCCUACAAUAAUCCCUACUGCACUACCUGCACCACGUACACUGCCAGCGUCGCCUACAUAUCACGCAUUGCUCACACUGCUAAGUUCUCUUAGUGUUGUAACAUGUGGGAUAUGGUUGCAGUGUGGUAGUAGUGACCAGCAUGUUUGCAUUUCACUUAAAUGUAAAAUAUAUAUUUUUAGAUGUCAUUUACAAUCAGUACAUUGAGAAGUUCAAUAUAGGCAGUUAGUAUAGUGGGAUUUUAAUGAGGAGGUAGGGGGUGAAGGAAUAUAAUGCUCACCCAGUAUCCACUCCUUCAAAAAAAUCAUUAAAAACCCACUUCUUCAUAAAAGCGUAUCAAUUAGACUGUUGAUAGCUCCCAACUGAUUCCUCUCUUGUAACUGUCAUUAGUCUAAUACUAUCCUUCCCUUUUUGUGUCAUUUUACCCCACUCCCUCUAGCAUGUAAGCUCAUUGAGCAGGGCCCUCAACCCCUCUGCUCCUGUGUGUCCAACUUGUCUGGUUACAACAACUACAUGUUUGUGCGUCCACCCAUUGUAAAGCGCUGCGGAAUUUGUUGGCGCUAUAUAAAUAAUAACAUCAUAAUAAUAAUAAUAAUAAUAAUGUAAUGAGUAAGGGUAGUUGAAUUUGUAAUAUAGUGAAUAUGUGCACUGGUAUGAGACAUAAGGGGCAAUAGAUAGUGGGGUUUGCAACCUGUGGAAUUAUAGUGAGUCUGCGUAGUGGGAUUUAUAGUCAGUGAAGUGGAUAUGGAUAGUGUGAUUUUUGCAUUGAGAUUCACAGUCAAUGGGUGAAUUAAACGUGAACGUGCAGUGUCCUCACCAAAAUUUCUGCACCAUUUCUGUUGUAGAAAGAACAGAAUUCACAUUGGUUCCCAUGUUCUAAAAUGGUUGUUUGGUCUUAAUGGAGUUUUACUUGUUACACGCAUGGCACCUCUGAUGGCUUGAUUUGCAAGUGUGUAAUUGGUAGGUAUAUUCGGUUAUUUUGCCCCAUAUGUCAGAAUAUAUCUUCUGACAUUUUGUAAUAUUUGCUGAGUUUCUCCUCAUUUUCCAUAUUUACUCUCACAUGAUAUAGUGUAGCCAUUUACAUAUGUUUGGUUUAAUUAACCUCAUGCCUUGUUUAUAAUCACUUAUUACAUAUACCAUAAAUAUCGCCAUUUGCAAUAAAUCUCCCCAUUUGACAUAAUUUACCCCAUUUACCAUUUCGCUCUAUACAUUUAACAUCAUUGACCCAAUGUCACCCCUCUGCCAUAUGUUGUUCUAUAUGCCCUGUUGAACACACCUGAGUGUUGUAGGGUGCAAUGCAGAAACCACGAGCAGUGGGGUACACGCUCUCUGCAGCUCUGCAUUUCCACUGAUAAAGGGGGAAUAGAGAGAAUUGAGGAUUUGUGGGGCCUCCAAACACUGGGUCUUGUUACAGAGGCUCCAAAACUGCAGGGCCCAAGACAUGCUGCGGAGGUUGUGAUCUGUAGUUGGAGAGUAGAGUAGGAGAAUAAUACAGAUAUUAUUCAUAUUAAUUUAAUAAGAAUGCAGAUUGAGUGAGUGGGAGUGACAUAUCUAUGUGACAGGAAGUAAUAGAAAUUUGUACAUAGAAAUAUGGGCAGAUUGAGUGAAAGACAAACAACAGAACUGUGAAUUGAUCAGCCGUGUUACUUCCCCUAAUGUCUUCCUAUGGGUAAAUCUUGGAUUAUAAUCUCCCAUAAUGUCUUCCUACGGGUAUAUCUUGGAUUAUAAUCUCCCAUAAUGUCUUCCCAUGGGUAUAUCUUGGAUUAUAAUCUCCCAUAAUGUCUUCCCAUGGGUGUAUCUUGGGUUAUAAUCUCCCAUAAUGUCUUCCUGUGGGUAUAUCCCAUAAUGUCUUCCUAUGAGUAUAGCUUGAUUAUAGUCUCCCAUAAUGUCCUCCUAUUGGUUAUAGCAUGGACUAUAAUCUCCCCUAAUAUUUUCCUGCUUGUUAUAGUUUGGAUUAUAAUUUCCCCUAAUGACCUCCCAUGUGACGUCCACAAAUGUCUUCCUGUUGGUUAUAGUUUGGAUUAUAACCUCCCCUAAUAACCUGCUGGUUACAGCUCAGAUCAUAAUCUCCCCUAAUGACCUCAUAUGGUUAUAGUUUGAAAUGAACUGCUAUGUGAUGUCCUCAAAUGUCCUCCUGUUCCUUACAGUGUGUGUGUGUGUGUGUGUGUGUGUGUGUGUGUGUGUGUGUGUGUGUGUGCGCGCGCAUAUAUAUAUAUAUAUAUAUAUAUAUAUAUAUAUAUACUAGGGGAGUAAUUAAAUUCUAUUUAGUGAUAGCAGGUUAGUGAUGGGGUUAUAUUUAAUGAUAGUAGGGUGGAGAUUGGUUUAUAAAUAGUGAUAGUAUGGUUGGAAUGAGGCUAUACUUUUAAUUUUAGGGCAGUGAUUGGGUUAUAGCUAGUAAAAGCAGGGUAGUGAUCGGAUUAUAUUUAGCAACAGCAAGACAGUGAUGGGGCUAUUUAUAGUGAUACUAGGGUAGUGAUGGGGCUAUAUACAGUAAUAGUAGCAUAUUGAUGGGGGUUACAUUUAGUGAUGUUAGGGUAGUGAUGGGGCUAUGUAUAGUGAUAGUAGGGUAGUGAUGGGGCUAUAUACAGUAAUAGUAGCAUAUUGAUGGGGGGUUACAUUUAGUGAUGUUAGGGUAGUGAUGGGGCUAUGUAUAGUGAUAGUAGGGUAGUGAUGGGGCUAUAUACAGUAAUAGUAGCAUAUUGAUGGGGGGUUACAUUUAGUGAUAUUAGGGUAGUGAUGGGGCUAUGUAUAGUGAUAGUAGGGUAGUGAUGGUGCUAUAUACAGUAAUAGUAGCAUAUUGAUGGGGGUUACAUUUAGUGAUGUUAGGGUACUGAUGGGGCUAUGUAUAGUGAUAGUAGGGUAGUGAUGGGGCUAUAUACAGUAAUAGUAGCAUAUUGAUGGGGGGUUACAUUUAGUGAUAUUAGGGUAGUGAUGGGGCUAUGUAUAGUGAUAGUAGGGUAGUGAUGGGGCUAUAUACAGUAAUAGUAGCAUAUUGAUGGGGGGUUACAUUUAGUGAUAUUAGGGUAGUGAUGGGGCUAUGUAUAGUGAUAGUAGGGUAGUGAUGGGGCUAUGUACAGUAAUAGUAGCAUUUUGAUGGGGGUUACUUUUAGUGAUAUUAGGGUAGUGAUGGGGCUAUGUAUAGUGAUAGUAGGGUAGUGAUGGUGCUAUGUACAGUAAUAGUAGCAUAUUGAUGGGGGGGUUACAUUUAGUGAUAUUAGGGUAGUGAUGGGGCUAUGUAUAGUGAUAGUAGGGUAGUGAUGGGGCUAUAUACAGUAAUAGUAGCAUAUUGAUGGGGGUUACAUUUAGUGAUGUUAGGGUAGUGAUGGGGCUAUGUAUAGUGAUAGUAGGGUAGUGAUGGGGCUAUAUACAGUAAUAGUAGCAUAUUGAUGGGGGGUUACAUUUAGUGAUAUUAGGGUAGUGAUGGGGCUAUGUAUAGUGAUAGUAGGGUAGUGAUGGGGCUAUGUACAGUAAUAGUAGCAUUUUGAUGGGGGUUACUUUUAGUGAUAUUAGGGUAGUGAUGGGGCUAUGUAUAGUGAUAGUAGGGUAGUGAUGGUGCUAUGUACAGUAAUAGUAGCAUAUUGAUGGGGGGUUACAUUUAGUGAUAUUAGGGUAGUGAUGGGGCUAUGUAUAGUGAUAGUAAGGUAGUGAUGGGGCUAUGUAUGGUAAUAGGGUAGUGAUGUGGCUAUGUACAGUAAUAGUAGCAUAUUGAUGGGGGGGUUACAUUUAGUGAUAUUAGGGUAGUGAUGGGACUAUGUAUAGUGAUAGUAGGGUAGUGAUGGGGCUAUGUACAAUAAUAGUAGCAUAUUGAUGGGGGAUUACAUUUAGUGAUAUUAGGGUCGUGAUGGGGCUAUGUACAGUAAUAGUAGCAUAUAGAUGGGGGGUUACAUUUAGUGAUAUUAGGGUAGUGGUGGGGCUAUAUACAGUAAUAGAAGCAUAUUGAUGGGGGGGUUAUAUUUAGUGAUAUUAGGGGAGUGAUGGGACUAUGUAUAGUGAUAGUAGUAUUUUGAUGGGGGGUUACAUUUAGUGAUAUUAGGGUAGUGAUGGGGCUAUGUAUAGUGAUAUUAGGGUAGUGAUGUGUCUAUGUACAAUAAUAGUAGCAUAUUGAUGGGGGAUUACAUUUAGUGAUAUUAGGGUAGUGAUGGGGCUAUGUAUAGUGAUAGUAGGGUAGUGAUGUGGCUAUGUACAGUAAUAGUAGCAUAUUGAUGGGGGUUACAUUUAGUAAUAUUAGGGUAGUGAUGUGGCUAUGUACAGUAAUAGUAGCAUAUUGAUGGGGGGUUACAUAUAGUGAUAUUAGGGUAGUGAUGGGGCUAUGUAUAGUGAUAGUAGGGUAGUGAUGUGGCUAUGUACAGUAAUAGUAGCAUAUUGGUGGGGGUUACAUUUAGUAAUAUUAGGGUAGUGAUGUGGCUAUGUACAGUAAUAGUAGCAUUUUGAUGGGGGGUUACAUUUAGUGAUAUUAGGGUAGUGAUGGGGCUAUGUACAGUAAUAGUAGCAUAUUGAUGGGGGGGUUACAGUUAGUGAUAUUAUUGUAGUGAUGGGGCUAUGUAUUCCACAGAGAUGUAUAGUAGGAAAGAAGACAAAUAUUUAUUUCUAACAAAACAUGUGUGACAUACGGUAUCAUGGACUGGGAGUUAUGGAACCAAGCAGGAAAUAUACCAAGAUGUCUAAUCAAUAGUUUCAUAAACCAAGCGGUGAGUCUGCCUCUGUGGUCAUAUAAUCCCACUGAACACAUGAUGACUUGGUUAAAAUUGUGGUUACAGUGAUAUAUAUUAAAUUCAAGAAAUUAUAAUAUAUAUGAUCUAGCUGCCCAUCAUCCUUUCUUUACUCUAUGUAUCAGUAGAAUUGAAGUGGCUCUUAUAUCACAUUUCCCUGUAGAGCCCAGUAUUUGGGUGCCAUAGUGCUGAGAGUAUUAAAGCUAUAAAUAUAUUCUAUUUUCACUGCAUUACAUGCGCUGUCGUACAAUGCUAAGUAACACCAUCAAGUUUUUCAUUCAGCCUAGGAAAAAAAGGCUUCUUAAAAUGUAAAUAAGAAAUUCUGUAUGAAUGAGAUGAAAGAAAAAUUAUGUGCACAAAUAAUAAAAAUUAAAUAAGCCACCUAAUUUCUAUUCUAAAAAUGGAGUCUAAAUGCAUGCUGCGCUUCUAUACAGUUUAACUAUACCUUGCAAUUAACUUCCUAGCCAAUCCCAAUUCACCACAACCAACAAAGUCCUACUGCUUUAUAUAGGAGUCCGUGGGACUCCCUGAGCUAUUUUUUGUAAUAUACGGUAAUUAUAAUUGAGUUGGUUGGACAAGGGCAUCCUAUUUCUGCCAUAUGGACAACAAUUGAAAAGGGUUGAGCAAGUUAGUUUGUGGAGAUGAAGCAUUUUUAUGACAUUUUCAAUGCUCUAAACCGACCCCAGACUUUUGCAUAGUUUUAUAACAUUUUUGGAAUAUUAUGUCUUGUAUAUUUACUUGUAUGAUAGUGAUACAAGUUAUUUUGCCUGUGUCAAUGUUGAAUACCCUUUGCAAUCACAGAUAAAAGUUCUGUGCACUCGAGGCUUCUCAACAUGUGUAGACUUUAUUUGAAAAAACUAAGCAUAAAAAUUGACAACUUUUUGGCCGUGCUUUACAUUUAAUAGUACAAAAUACAGUCUACAGAGAGAGAAGACUAAACUAUGCCAAGUCCAGGUGAAGAAUUGGAGAAAAAAACAGAUAAACGAGAAAUAGUCAAGGAUUCCAGAAAGCUGCGUACUCAGAUGUCAAAACCAAGUCAAUACCAGAAUAGUACACUAUAAAUGAAAGCAUACUCUCAUUAACAGAGACCAGUACAGACAGAAGAAGCUAUCAGACUGGCUAUAAAUAGCACUACCAUAGGCUACUAUUGGCCUGCUUUAAAAGUGAUGCCAAAACGUACACAACCUACGUUGUUUGGUUGAGAUGGUUUGGCAUAAAAAAUAUGAUGCGGCUUUCUGUGUGAAUAAAUAGAUACGCGUGCAAUGGCGCCUGAAAGGUGCUCAGGCCAUGAAAGAUUGUUACCAUGUGCAACACAACACACCUUCUGGAUAAACAAUUAUUGUAUGAAUCUCAGAUAUACACCUAAUGUAUCCCCUCUUAGAUACUGGCAUCACCAAAAACAAACUGUAAUGUAAAAUGCAGAUACAUUUGAUGUUUUAAUUGGAGAUUUGAAUCAAGAGUUGGUCCACAAAGACUUGUUUGGCUCCUUCAAACUAAAUAUUGCGGGGCUUCAAUAAAGCUCUAGGGACCAGUACACAGGAUGGUUGCCAGGACUUUGCUGGAAAGCCAACAUGUAUUCCAGCAAUGCUAGUUCAGUAAUGGGUUUUACUUGUCCACCCAGGCACUGUCUGAGUGUCCAAUGCAUGCUGCUUGAGGUAGGGGUAGUAAAGGAUCUGGACUCAUAGUUAGCUUACCAUUAUGACCCAGACUAACAGUGAAGCUCAUGGGAUGGAAUAUAUUAUCUACCAAAGGCCUCUUUUUAGUCAUACAACGCAGACAGACUGCUUAUGUGGAUUGAUAUUGGAGUUUGUUCCAUUUUACAAUAUUGCAUGGACCUUUACAGUUAGGGUCUGACAAAAAGUCAAUGUGAGACUUACCUGUACUGUGGAACUGGGACACAUGCCAAUUCAACUAUGAGUCUUGUGGCAAAUCUUCUCUCAGGUUCAGUUCUAGUGAAAGAAUUGCUUUUAACUUGUCUUUCAAUAGUCCCACAAUGUAAUUUAAGGAUUUAGUAUUGCGAAAGCAGCCACUGAGUAUGUCUUUCCUAACAGCCCUAGACCUGACUUUAAAUCCAAGUUCUAUUUUGUAAUCAGUGCUGUGAGCGCAUAUAAUAUGUCAGGCCUUUAGGGGUUCCUUUCCUAUAUUCUUUGCAAGCUUUCAGCAAUUAAAUUAACUGUUCAUAAACAAGGAAAUUAGGCCUGAGCAAAAAGGGUGUAAAUCAGCUACAGAACUUGCAAAAAAAGAUAGGAUUUUAGGGACUUAUGAAAACCUCUAUGCCUUUGUUAAUUACCAUUAUUUAACAGCUUUUUUACAAGUGCAUUCAAAAUUUAGGAAGUUUUAAUCUAGAUGUUUUCUUAAGAAUGAUUGAUUAUUAUUAGCGUACUCCUUAAUUUAUUGAAAUAUGUUGUCAGUCCUUUUAGCUGUUAUAUUCAAUGAGGGGAAAUGGAUCCAUUGAUGUCUCAAUAAAUCCUAUCCAGCGUGUUUAUGACUAUGUAAGCUUGAUGGCAUAAUGCAAGGUAUAGGGCCCUUUUUUUGUAGCAUCAAUAAUGCCACAAGUGUUGAUUUUUUUUUUACAAAAACAAUGAAAAGGUGUGACUGUGAUCACGUUGACAUUGUUAAAGGUUUAGAGUAUUUUACAGAUGUAUCCAGGCUUCUAUGACAUUUAUGUACAGUGUUCAUCAAGAGUAGUCUGAUAUUCUGCUAUGAUUGUUUAGAGUGCUUUUCAAGGGCAAUCGAACAUUCUGUAAUGAUUCAUAACAUUUUCUCCAAGAGUAAUUGGACAUUCUACCAUGAUUAUGUAACGUCUUCUUCUGCAGACAUUCUGAUUUCCCCUGAAUCUUUCCCAAUUCAAUUCUUUAUCCUUCCCUCUGAUUGGCCAAGGUCAGGUAAUAGCCUAGAUACAUCCCAAGACAGACAGAGUAUUUAAGGACUUUUUAACCCAGAGACAGUGGAAUUAACUGUAAGUCUCCAUGCCCAAAAGCUACAGUGAGCUAGAUAGCUAUUCAGAGUCCUUGUACCAUCAUGUUCAGUAAACCUUCUUUAUAUGUCAGCAUUCCUUGUGGCUAUUUAAUUUCUUGUCAAACAGUAAUUUCACUUAGCAUGCCAACACCUAUCAUCACAGCCAUAAGGUCAACCUUUGAAAAGAGAUAAACUAGAGAGGUUAAUUGCGUCACCAAACGUACCCUAUACACUUGGCCAUAUUCCUGAUCUAGAGACACAUACAAGUCCAGAUAUUAUUAUUGCAGUUAAAUGCCCUUUAGUUCAUGAUCUCAUUUCGAAGUCAGUUUCUGUGUUUCAUACCAGUAAGACUCACUGAUCUUUUCUCUUCUCAGUACAGGCACCCCCAAGGGAAAAUACCCGCAGUGGCAUGAGCUGUCUACCUGAGACUGGCUGCAAUUAUCACAGCUCCCGAGCUACUGUGCAGGAUCUGGGAAGAAAAGAGAGAGCUGAGAGAGCAAGAGACUUUGCAAAAAGUGCUGGAGAAUGCUUACAUAGAGCCAGAGACUGCACAGUGUGUGCCAGAGACAACUCUAGGAGAGACAGAGACUGCACAGAGAGUAGAGACUGCUCACUUAAUGCCAGAGAUUGCAUAAACAGUGUCAGAGACAGCUCUCAGACUCUCUCUCAAGAGACUGCACGAAGAGUGACAGAGUUUGCUCGCACAGAGCCCACACAGAGAGCACCAAAUACUGUUCCAAGAUUGCCUUUGGCAACAAAGAGAGCACCUCAAACUCCUCUCAGGGGGCUAGAGACUGCAUUGCAAGUGUCAGAGACUACACAGAGAGUGUCAGAGACUUUACAAGGAAAUUUAGAGAUUACAAGGAGUGUACCAGAGACUGCUCACGAGAAGCCAGAUACUGCAAGGAGAGUGCCUAAGACUGCUCUUGGGAAGCUAGAGACUGCAUAA